AUGGAGGGCCCAUUAUCAAAAUGGACGAACGUUAUUCAAGGUUGGCAGUAUCGAUGGUUUGUGUUAAAUGCUUCAAAGGGAAUGUUGGUGUACUACACAUCAAAAGAAAACAUGGUUAAGGGUGAUAGACGUGGUGUCGUUUUACUAAAAGGAGCAAAUCUAGGAAUCAAUUCUGAAGAUGAUAGUACGUUCACAAUUCGAUCUCACGGAAAAACCUUUCAUUUUCAAGCACGCGAUGCAGAAGAACGACAGAAAUGGAUAACAGGCUUGGAAGAAGCUAUUAGUCUUAAUACUGUUUACACGGAUAAAUUAUCAGUGUCAUGUACAUCCGUUUUUGAACGUAAAAUAUCUGAAGCUGAUGCAUAUUUACGGUUAUUAAUCGAACAAGUUAAUGAUCUUGCACAAUCAAUGAAUCAAGCCCAAGAUGAAAAAGAACGAGAAUGCUAUAAACGUGUUGUUGUGUCUGCUAAUAGAUUGAUUGAAGCCGUCAAGUAUUCAAUUGUUUCACUACAACUAGCGAAGAUUCAUAUGGAUCCUAAUAAUACUGCUAAAGCGAAAGUUGAUUAUCAAGCAGUACUUUCUCAUAUGAACGUUCAUAAAGAUGAAAUUGUACAUAAUCGAUCAUAUCCUUCGUUAACUAGUGCAGCUGGAGAUGAUUCACAAACCAAAGACAAAAGAACGGAUAAAACAUUUGGCUCAUUGGAUUAUCGCACUGUGGUUGAUAAUUUCAGAAAAAGUUUUCCAGUUGUUUCCUAUUCAAGCAGUGAUGAUGAUGAUUUUUAUGAUGCCAAUGAUUCAAAUGAGUAUUCUUCCUCCAAUUCUUUAAAUCUAGAAAUUCUACCCCCUUCCGCUCCACCUUCCUCACCAAUAAUCAAAAGUAGUGAUAUACAACCAUUAACUAAAUCGCUUAUGCAAAUAACAGAUGAGAAUGCAAAUAUAAAUAAUGGAAAUGAAAUUAAUACUACGAUGAAAAAUGAACAUUAUGCUACAGUUGAUGAACAAAACGAAACCAGUUCACAUAAUUUAUCAUUUUCUCCACAACAACCUCGUUCCCCAUUACCUUCGUCAACAAGAAACCAAAUACCAUAUGACAUCUAUGAAGCGGGUUAUGAGGAAGAUGGAGACGUUGACUUGGCACAGAUGGAUGGAAGUGUUAUAUCACACUUGAUAUCACAAGUACGAUUAGGAAUGGAUUUAACAAAAGUCACACUGCCUACAUUUAUACUUGAACGACGAUCAUUCUUGGAAAUGUUAGCCGAUUUUCUAGCUCAUCCAGAUCAGUUUGUGAGUGUCGCUGAUUGUACUAGUCCCCGUGAUCGUUUUACUCAUGUUGUUAAAUGGUAUUUAUCCGCAUUUCAUGCUGGAAGAAAAAGUCCAGUGCCAAAAAAGCCUUAUAAUCCAAUAUUAGGUGAAACGUUUCAAUGUUAUUAUGAUGUUGGCUCUUCAACAUCGACUAAAAAUACGACUAAUGUUAGCGACGGACCAGUUCCAUGGGCAAACAGAGAUAACGUGACGUUUAUUGCCGAACAAGUUUCACAUCAUCCACCAGUUGCUGCUUUUUAUGCUGAAUGUGUCGCAAAACGAAUCCAACUUGAUGGAUGUUUAUGGACGAAAUCAAAAUUUCUUGGCUUGUCGAUUGCGGUACAUAUGAUUGGAGAUGCGACAUUAACUUUAUUAGAUUUCGAUGAAAAAUACGUCAUGACGUUUCCGAGCGCUUAUGGAAGAUCAAUUCUUGGCGUACCCUGGUUUGAAAUGGGUGGAAAAGUACAAAUUGAUUGUGAAAAGAGUGGGCACAGUGCCACAAUUGAUUUUCUGACCAAGCCGUUCUAUAAUGGCAAAAAACAUCAAAUAACUGGAGUCAUGUACGGACCUGAUAAGAAAGAAUUUUGUAAAAUUGAUGGUGAAUGGAAUGGCGUCAUGUAUGCUAAAUAUACAGAGUCAAAAAUAUCCGAUGUAUUCUUUGACACACACAAUACGCCAAUUAUAAAAAAAAUUGUUCGUCCAAUUAAAGAACAAGGAGAAUAUGAAAGUAGACAUCUGUGGAAAGAUGUUACUUACUGUUUAAAAUCAAAACAGCUAGAAAAAGCCACCGAUGCUAAAUUGAUGUUAGAACAACGACAACGUGAAGAAGCGAAAGAACGAGCAGAAAAAUCACUGAAAUGGCAAACAAAAGACAAAAAAGAACGACCAGAAUGGUUGACUAAAUAUGAAAGUAAAAUUGAUAAAGUAAUUGAAGCAUUAAAAACGACCAACAUAACGCAAUUUCAAUCCGAAAAAAUUGAAGAAUUUAGACGAGUAUUUGAUCUUUUUGAUAAAGAUGGUAGUGGAUCAAUAGAUUCACAAGAGAUUGGUCAGUUGAUGAGAAGUUUGGGACAAAAUCCAACAAAUAAGCAAAUUGAAGAUCUCAUUUCACAAGCUGAUAAAAACGGAAAUCAACGACUUGAUUUUAAUGAAUUCGUAGAGUUCAUGUCAGCUCAUUGGAAUGAUCGAGAUCAAGCUGACGAACUCAAAGAAGCUUUUCGUCUUUUUGAUAAGGAUAACUCAGGAUAUCUUACAAUAAAUGAAUUAAAACAGGUUAUGUUAAAUAUGGGAGAAAAGCUUAGUCAAGAAGAAUUAGACGAUAUGAUGAGAGAAGCUGAUCUUAAUCAUGACGGUAAAUUAGAUUAUCAUGAAUUUGUACGAACUUUAUUAUCAAUUAAUUAG